GUUAAUAAUUGUUUUUAUUGAAUUUGCUUUAUAUAGUUUAAUAGUUAGUUUAAUUUAUAUUAUCAUCAGCACUAUGAUUUAAAAACAAAAGUUUCGUUAUUUAGAAAUGAGAACAACUCAUCAAUCAUGCAAGACUUCACUAGCAUAUUAAAUAUAAUAUUUAUUAUAAGUGGUGGCGUUUUAACUUUUGUUAUUCUAUUUAUAUUUGCCAAAAGACAGAUUACCAGAUUUGCACUUCGUUCUAGACGAGGCCCGCAUGUUCCUAUUGGUACUGAUGCUAAGAAAUGCCUCAAAAAAGAAAUAGAGCGAAGGAUAGAAGCUGUGCCCAGGAUUAUGCUUGAGCCUCGACUACUGUGUGGAGAUCUUUCCCAUUAUAUUCUGGAGCCCCAGCAACCAUAUCACUACCGAUUUAGAGCUGUAGAUGAUGUAAAAAACCUAGAAGAAGAAAUUGUGUGUCAAGAUCCUAAUCUGCGACGACAUCCCCGUGAAUCACUUCGUGCUUUUUUACUCUCAUGUCUAGCCGCCCCACUUGAUGGCAGAGGUCAAAAGCUGAUCCACCAGUUCUGUGAUGCAUAUGAAUCUGCGAGACAUCAUCCAGCUGAGUUUGGAGAGGAAGAGUAUAGGUCUUAUAAUAGAUUACUGCUGAAGUUAUUAGAUGCUGCUCGAUUACUAAAAAGUGUGGGCUGUGUGAGUGGAGGGUCAAGGGGAAGUCCUCAAAGGCGACCCGCAAGGCUGCUUGAUCCCACAAGACUUCGACCUCCACUUGCACAUAACAAUCAGUACACAGCUCUAGAGAAUUUGCCAGUAGACUCAAAGAUAGAAGAGGAAACAAUUCAUGUGCCGAUCAAGAGUCCGACUGAGCCCAUUGUGAAGCCCCCAGCUGAUGAGACUGCUGUCUGAGGGUGGAACGCCCGCAACGUACAGACUCUGUAGCGGGCGUGAGUGAAGUGAAAUGAUACUGCAAGGUAUUACAGAACGUAAAGGGGACAGAUGUGGUGAAAAGACAAGAUGGCUAGUCAAGUGAUUAGACAAGUGAAGUUUAAGUGAAAAUGUAUAAAGUUGUGUAGGUCUGCUAAUUAUGUUGCCUAUUAUAGUAAAGAAUCAUUAUUUGGA